UUGUGUCUCCUGGACUUUGCUCUGAAGGGCUCGGAGGAAUCUGGCACCAGGGAGAAGACGCUCUCGAGACUUUCUCUGCCACCUCCUCCGUGUGGUGAAGGGAAAAGAGCCGCCAUGCAGCCAGCUAAGAGUCCAGUGUCCUUCGAAGAGGUGGCUGUGCGUUUCACCCAGGGGGAGUGGAGCCUGCUGCGCCCGGCCCAGAGAGCCCUGUACAAGGAAGUCAUGCUGGAGAACUUUGGCCAUGUGGCCUCCUUGGGGCCCCCGAUUGCCAAACCUGACCUCAUAUCCUGGCUGGAGGAAGAGGAAGGGCUGUUUCUCCCGUUCUCUGAUGAGGAGGAAGAAUUUACAGGAGGUGACUGGGAGUCAGCAAAGGAAACAAAAGAACUUGUAGUAAUGGAAAAAGAAGAUACCUGUCUGCCAUGGAGAGAGAACACUGAAUACUGUAAGGCACCAAGGAAGGGAGAGGGGAAACACCCGCCAAGGAAUAGUUCUGGUCUUUUACAAGGUGAUAUUUCUCACGAAGUUCCAGUACUUCAAAAAAUAUACAAAGGAGGCAGUGGGACUGGGAGCGCUGCAAAUGAGGAAAGUUUUCCUGAACAAUCAGACACUUAUAUUCCUUGGAACGUGGACUCCAGGAGAAAAGUAUUGAAAAGGCUGGAGUGUGGGAAAGCCAGUGAUCAGACAGAAAACCUUAAUUCCUAUCAAAGGAUUCAUACAGGGGAGAAUUCAUAUGAAUGCCUGGAGUGUGGGAAAAGCUUCAGUCAGUGUGGAUGCCUUCAUUCCCAUCAAAGAACUCACGGAGAGGAGAAUCCUUACAAAUGCUGUGAAUGUGGGAAAAGUUUCAGUCGUAGUGCAAACCUUAAUUCCCAUCAAAGAAUUCACACAGGGGAGAAAGUUUAUACAUUCCUAGAGUGUAGAAAAAGCUUCACUGAGAGUGGAACGCUUAUUCUCCAUGAAAGGACUCACACAGGAAAGAAACCAUAUAAAUGUCUGGAGUGUGGAAAGAGCUUCAGGUUCAAUUCAAAUCUUCGUACCCAUCAAAAAAUUCACACAGGGAAGAAACCAUAUGAAUGCCUGGAGUGUGGGAAAAGUUUCAGUCAGAUUGGACACCUUAAUUCCCAUAAAAGAACUCACACAGGGGAGAAACCUUAUAAAUGCCUGGAAUGUGGAAAAAGCUUCACUGAGAGGGGAUCCCUUGCUAUUCAUCAAAGAAUUCACACAGGAGAGAAACCAUACAAAUGCCUGGAGUGUGGAAAAAGCUUCAGACGGAGUGGAGACCUUGCUGCUCAUCAAAGGAUUCACACAGGGGAAAAACCAUACAAAUGUCUGGAAUGUGGAAAGAGUUUCAGACAGAGUGGAGAUCUUGCUGUUCAUCAAAGGAUUCACACAGGGGAGAAACCAUACAAAUGUCUGGAGUGUGGAAAGAGCUUCAGGGACAGUGGAUACCUGGCUGUUCAUCAAAGGAUUCACACAGGGGAGAAACCAUACAAAUGUCUGGAGUGUGGAAAGAGCUUCAGGGACAGUGGAUACCUGGCUGUUCAUCAAAGAAUUCACACAGGGGAGAAACCAUACAAAUGCCUGGAGUGUGGGAAAAGCUUCAACGAAAGUGGAAAUUUUACUGUUCAUCAAAAAAUUCACAAAGGGGAGAAACCAUAUAAAUGCCUGGAGUGUGGAAAAAGCUUCACUGAGAAGGGAUCUCUUGCUAUUCAUCAAAGAAUUCACACGGGAGAGAAACCAUAUAAAUGCUUGGGAUGUGGAAAAAGCUUCAGAUGGAGUGGAGAUCUUGCUGUUCAUCAAAGGAUUCACACAGGAGAGAAACCGUAUAAAUGCCUGGAGUGUGGAAAAAGUUUCAGUCGGAGUGGAAGCCUUUCUUCCCACCAAAGAGUUCACACAGGGAAGAAACCAUAUACAUGCCUGGAGUGUGGAGAGAGCUUCAAGGAAAGUGGAAAACUUACUGUCCAUCAAAGAAUUCACACAGGUGAGAAACCAUAUAAAUGCCUGGAAUGUGGAAAAAGUUUCUCUCGGAGUGACAGCCUUAAUUCCCAUCUAAGAGUUCACACAGGGGAGAAACCAUACAAAUGCCUUGAAUGUGGGGAAAGCUUCCGUCACAAAGGAAACCUUACUUCCCAUCAAAGCAUCCAUCAGACCAUAUAAAGGCAUAGAAUGUGGAAAAAACUUCCGUUAUGGUUCAAACCUUACCUCCCAUCAAACAAUUCACAGAAGGGAGAAAUCAUAGCCAUGCGGGGAGUGUGGAAAAACCUACAUUCAGAGUGAAAGCCUAGCUUCUCAUCAAAGGACUCACACGGGAGAGAAACCAUAGCAAUGUUCGGAAUGUGGAAAAAAAGUUGCAAUAAACCAAAGUGACUCUGAAGGGAAAGCAAUAGAAUAAAACAGUAAACUACAAACAAUAAAUGAUACAGGAAAAAGGUUAAUAUCCCCCCUAGGAAUUAAAACUACAGCCCUGUUUCUUGAACAGAAAUGCCCUCGGGUGCAUUGGGAAGAUUUAUGUGGUGCUACUCUGUAUCUUAUCUAGGCUAAACUGGUACUUAGGGCCAAGCUACACAUGACGAAUGACACUUGAACGGCAAGUGGAUUGAGUGGAGGGCAAGUGAACAGGGAGAAAUACACUUGCCAUUCAAGUGUCAUUCGUCAUGUGUAGCUUGGCCCUUAGAAGGGGGUUCUCUUUGCCUUGUGUGAAGAAGCAGCUUUCCAGGAAAAGACACUGAACACCACAAGACGUAUAUUUCAUAUAGAUUUAUCCAUUAAGAUACAUCCAUGUUAGCCACUUUUUCCAUUCACAUGAGAAAUUUAUCCCUUAACUUUUUCAGUGAAGAUUAAUAUUAUCUUCCUAAGGACUAUGAACGUUAUUAAAUAAACUUCAACCUAAGAGUGAACUCUGAUAAAAGGGAGUUUGGGCACGUCACUCUCUCACUCUCUUUCUAUAAUGUUCCAAACAUACCUCACCCACCCUAUCCCUUGAUUUUACCAGAAUAAUUGCUUUUAAUUAAUAUAACGGAGCAUUUUCACAGCACAGCGCAAAGACUCUAUCCCUUUACCCCCGGCCGCAGUUCAGGAAGCAUUCCGGUUGCUCCCAGAAAUGUAUUGCAUGAGAAAACCACUAGGAUGUGUUUCUGUCUGUCAAAAGGGUCAACCACAGACACAGUCACAAAAACAACUGAGAUACGCUGGAGAGCCACGCAAGGGGAGAAGAUGUCAGCUUGCCUGCUUGCUCACUCGCUGCCCCGAGCUCAGAGGCCUGGAGCAUUGGUUCGCUUAGCCUUAAAAAUGUACAUACGUGAUCGCUGCUAUAACGGUGGGAUGAAGGAUGACCCCCAGGAUAGCCCAGAGGAUCCCUGCGGUGGAGGCUGCCAACCAGUGGCACAACUGCUGUGUUGCUCACGUGCUCCCUAAAGGGGUUGUGCACAGGGAAGUCAUUGGACAAACACCCCUCCUGUGGGACCGUACAGGCCACGAC